CGAGCCAACAUCACCAUGGACCUGCAAGCUCCUACACCAGCCAUGGAUGUCUUUAUCUUUGACUAUGAUUUUGACAAUUUUACAAUUGACCCUAAUUUCACUUUUCCUGAGUUACCUUGGACUUUGACCCCUGAGAUUCAACCAAUCCAAAUCGUGACGCUGAUAUGCUAUGGCCUUGUUUUCCUGCUGGGUGUCCCUGGAAAUGGCCUGGUGGUGUGGGUGACGGGAUUUCGCAUGCCCCGCUCUGUCACUUCCCUGUGGUUCCUUCAUCUUUCCCUGGCUGAUCUUCUGUGCUGCCUCUCCCUCCCCCUGUUGAUGGUUCCUUUAGUCCAUGAUGACCACUGGCACUUUGGCUCGCUGGCCUGCACGCUGGUCAAAGGUUCCUUCUCCCUGGUGAUGUACUGCAGCGUCCUGCUGUUGGUUGUGAUCAGUGUGGAUCGCUGGUUGCUGGUUGGUCAACCUGUCUGGUGCCAGAACCACAGGCGACCUCGGCAGGCUGCCUGGGUCUGUGCUGGUGUCUGGUGCCUGGCCUUGAUCGUCAGCAUCCCCCAAUUCGUCUACGCCAAAGAGAUUGAUGCAGGUUAUGAGAAGAGGGAGUGUGUGUCUUUGUAUACUUACCUGAGUGCCUGGCUUGUCACCUGGUUCCGCUUCCUAGUUGGGUUCCUCCUUCCCUUCCUGGCUAUCCUUCUCUGCCAUUGGGUGGUGUACAGAAAGGCAGAGAGUGGCAUGUCGCGUGGUGCCCGGUCCAAACGCACACUGAGGGUGAUCAUCGCUGUGAUUCUGAGCUUCUUCCUAUGUUGGGUCCCGCUGCACAUUUUGGAUUUCAUUGUACUGCUUACCCCUCGGCACUCCCCUCAUCGGCCAAGAAUUUACCUGGCACACUCGCUCGCCCUCUGCCUGGCAUACGUCAACAGCUGCCUCAACCCGCUGCUGUAUGUGUGCCUGGGCCGAGGCUUCAAGGACAGCAUGACACGCUCUCUGCGCAGCCUGUUCCACUUUGUCACUGAAGAGCCCAUGCCCACCAGGAGCGUCACCGACACCAAGAGCACUUCUACUGGAAAGGAGACGACUGCGAUCUGAUGGUGUAAUCACUUCAUGUGGCAUCACACAUAUGCUCUGCUCAUGUCAUUCUUGCAAUUUCCAUACUUUGGCAGAAGCACCGAUUCCCACAUAGUUCAAAGAGACUAAGUUUAGUCAGUGUAUUUAGCUUAAGUGCAGGGUAGAACUAACUGCUGGUUAGACAAAACGUUCAGAGAAAAUAUGCUGAGCUACAAUGGACUUAAGACAAAUCUACCAUAACUCAAUAUCUACUAUGUUUCAAGAGCAGAAUUGCUCCUGGACUCAUUGCUUCCAUAUUUUGAAAAUAUUAUGUUUUCAGACUUAUUUGGCCUACUCAUAUGGACAUUUUAAGCUGUGUUAGCAUGGUUGGAAAGCAUGAGUCUAGAACUAAGGGUUUACUCUAUGUGUAAGACCAUGAUUAUGUUCGCAUAAGAACAAAAACUGAAACAUCAUUUGAAAAAUAAACAUCAACUGAAUAGGGUUGAUCAAUUAGACUCAACCAUCAAAUUACGUGCUUCUUCCAUGUUUUUUGCCAGUUGAGACAAAAUGUCCUAACUUACAUCGACCCUCUGCACUUUUGCACAGUAUCCCUUUAGGGUUGUUUAAACGUGAGUUUAGAAACAUGUAAAUGAUGAGAAGACUGGGCGCACUGCUAUUCUAUUUGUUUUUCAAAGGUUUUGGUCCCAAAUUGUGUUGGCUAAUUGCCUUUUGUGGUUAUUGUUGGUGUUUGUGUAUUUGACAGUUGUCAGUACGCUAUUUCACAACAGGAACUAUUGAGUAAUUUGCAGGUUAUUUCCACUGAAGAUUUAGGUAUUGUGCAAUCAAAGCUGAGCUAAAAAUGACUUCUUCUUUUACACUUGUAUGCAUAAGGAUUUUCCGAUACUGUGUUUAAAAAUUUGUUUUUAUAGAAAUGAAUAAUCUAUGUAUUGUUUUUUGCUUACUGUAAUUUAGUGGGAAGAAUCA